UCCAACUGCAUAGGAAAAAUCACUUUAUUCUCAUAAACAAAUAUAUAAAAAUAAAAUAAAAUGUAUGUUAUUGCUUAAAAAGAAAUGUCCGAGAUAGUUAGACUAGAAGAGAACGUAAAUGUUUUAAUGAUUUUUAUAAAGCCCAAAGCGCUUUUGUUAAAGAACCCAAACCACUAACAGGACCUGACAUUAACGGUAAACUGUCAUCGUUAACGCCAUACCUUAACAAGAACAUGGCUCUCCGUGCCCACCAUGCUUGCUAUGUAGAUGAAUCCAAAGAACAUGAAACAACAUCUCAAGCAGAGGAAGAGGAGAAGGAGGCUGACUCAACUCUCUUAUCGAUGGCAAAGAUUGAACAAACGCUGGAGAAAAAAAUUAAAGAAGGCGAAUAUAAACUGAUUGAAACACCUAGAGUACGAAGUCCUCUGUGGCAACUUUUUUCGAAAUUUUCCAAAAGCAAUGGAUCCACUGUUGACGGUUGGAUAUAUUGUAAGCAAUGUAAACAUGUACUGAAAUUUUACAGCAGCUGCACCACCAAUCUUAGACGACAUACAUGCUGGAAGAAUAAUUUUUUGCAUAGGGAAAAAUCAAGUAAAAGUUGGUGUCAAAUUGGUGGUGGAAGCAAACAGAGGCGAAAGGGACAGGUCUUUAGCCAGAACUACGAAGUGCAGAAUUUCCAUAAAACUGUAGUAGAAAAAAUUGAGAAUGGUCUCUACAAGCUACAUAAAAAUCAAGAGGAAUCGGGAAAUCCAUUAUGGAACAAAUUUGCGUUUGUUUUCCAAGAUAAUCAAACCAUACUAAAUGGUUGGGUAUAUUGUUGCCAAUGUGGCAGUAUGGUAAAGUAUCUAAGCUGCGAAGAUGUGAAAAAUUUAAGACAACACAAAUGUAAAAAUGCCCAAGAUUCCAGUGAAGAAAGAGAAGACAGUGAAACCCAGAACAGCGACACUGAUCUUAGAAAUGAAACUGAAGGUCAAAUUGUUAGAAAACUACAAGAAGGAGUUUAUAAACUGAAAAUUAUGAAUGGACGUCUAAAAAAUCAACAACUACUGAAAGUUUUUGCCUUUGUUACAAAAGCAAAUGGCAUAAUGUUGGGCUAUUAUUGUUGUCUUAAAUGUUCCAAACUAUACAAAUUCACAGAGAAAAAGAAAGUUAUGGAAAACCAUGAAUGCUUUCAGGAAUAUUUGGAAGAGAAAAGAAGAAACUUGGAAAAAAUACGAGAGGCCAGAAGCAAACUACCAAAAACAAGUUCCACUACCAGCAAUGUACAACAGCCUCUACUUUAUGUUGUAGAUGAAGUUGAGAAUAGUACUGAAGAUAUUAUAGACGAUUCACAAAUACCAGUAAUUAAUGCUGUCGACGAAGAGUAUGAGACCGAUUAUCGUACCAUAGAAAUUGAUCCCUAUUCAAUAUGUCCAAAUGGGGACACAUCAGAUGAGGACGAGGAUAUCUUUUAUAUAUAAAGCAAUACAUUUUAAUGCCAAUUAAUUGUAAAUGAGGCCAGUACAAAAGCGAGGGAUAAUUAUUUAAUUUUGAAAUUAAUUAUAUAAACAAAUAGAAUAGAAAAAUGUAUAAAAAGAACAAAUCUAAGGAUUCCAAGGACAGACAAAUAAUUUAAAACUCCUUUUAAUGUGGUUUAGAAAAAUUUUCUGAUGACUAAAUUGUCAUAUAGGUCCAUAACUUUGUGUAGUAGCCACAGGGGACAAGAGACAUACGUUUAGCAAUCCCAUUCGGAGACCUAAGAUCCAUUGUGUUUAUUCUAGUAAGAAUGAUAGAAUAAAGAAAAGCAUGUGUAAAGCGAG